UUCAAUUUUGUUUUAUCGCAAACAGUCGUGGAAAAAUGAAGGAUUCGAUUGCACUGCACGUCUUCUUCUUCGUAGUAGCCGUUCGCGGUUCCUCUAACAUUUUCGAAGAGGAUGUCCCAAAAAACGACAUUCUGAAACCAACACUGGUCGUUAAGAAUAACAAUGGGAACUUGAUAAAGGUGGACCAGAGUAUUAGGAAUACCGAAGACAUUGAAGCAAGACGCAAGGACCUCGUUAACCAAGUUAUGUUUUACCUGCAUACAGUAAAAAAUCCUAGACUUUCUGAAGCUCAACAACUAUGGGUUGGUGACGUCAAGACUUUACGCCAAAGUUAUUUCGAUCCAUCGAUACCUACCAGAUUUGUCACCCACGGAUGGAUGAAUUCUCCCUACAGCAAGUCCUGCGUUCUCGUUCGUGAAGCCUACCUUAAACACGGCAAAUACAACGUGAUUGUCGUGGACUGGAGUAAGAUCUCGAUUAAUCUAUACAGUAUCGCCGGGAGGGGAGUUAAGAAAGUCGCAAAAUACGUAGGACAGAUGAUCGAUUUCCUUGCAACCCAAGGAGUCGAUACCACUACGACUUAUGUCAUAGGACAUUCGAUGGGAGGACACGUUGCUGGCAUAGCGUCCCGCCUGGCUGAAAGCACCGUGGGCUACGUAAUAGCAUUGGAUCCUGCGAUGCCACAGUUCUCGUCGGCUGGACCUGGUGAACGCGUCGCCCAGGGUGAUGCUAAGUUCGUUCAAGUGAUUCAUACGGAUGCUGGUGGAUUCGGCUACACAAAACCCAUUGGCGAUGUCGAUUUUUAUCCAAAUGGUGGAAACCGCCAACCUGGCUGUAAAAGUAUCUUCCAAAGUCUCUGCUCUCACUUGAGAGUUUCUGAGUACUUCGCGGAGUCCAUCAGCAGUGACAUAGGAUUUGUGGGAACCAAAUGUGAAAACUACUCAGAAUACAAGAAUGGCAGUUGUCAAUAUAAUGACAGAGCUGUAAUGGGGGGUGCGGUGCCGACCACAAGAGCAACUGGCUCUUACUAUUUGGAUACGAAUUCGGUGCCACCUUAUGCAAAAGGAAGCUAGCGAUAUUGACCAUUUUACAACGAAUGAUUAUAAAUACAUGUACGACUAAUUCAAUAAUGUUGCAUACGCAGUGCUAUUUGUUAUCGCAAAUACAUUUCCGUAUUUAUUUUCAUUGUAAGCAUUUUUGUGUGAGAAUAUAUGAAAUAUAUAUGGUAAACCAAAAUGGCUUAAA